AUGUUUUUGACAAUAGGAUUUUCCGUCGUUCCUAUUUUGUCGUGUGACAAAAUUGAGAAAAAAUUGGACGAACUAGCUGAGACUUGCGUCUAUAUUCAAUCGACCACAGAAGAUCCUCAUUCAAUAGAUCUAGUAACUAUGACGAAACUACUAAACAGAAAAUACUCAGCAGCAGGAUUUUUUCACAUUAACCAACGUUUGUUACCACAGCUAUUCUCAGGACUAAUGACUUAUCUGAUUGUUAUAUUACAGUUUAAUGUCGCUGUUUUUAAAAAAUAUUUAAAAAAUGAUUUAGAAAAAAUUCCUCCCCCCACACCUUGA